CAAUGUGAAAUAUUGUGAUACAUGAGAAAUAUUUUGCCAUUUUAACUACAUUUGAUUUAUUAUUUGAUUUGAUUUAGCAUAGUUGUCUUAUUUUGUUUAAUUUGAAUGGCAGGCAAAAGCAGACAUGGAUUUUUUGCGUAUAUUUCUUCAUAUAUUUUUCCUCCGUCUUACCAGGGGGAAGAUGCCAUUCCACCACGUGACAGCUGGCCUGCUGUACAAGGGGAACUACCUGAGCAGCUCUCUGUCUGAGGGCAGCGACAGUGACCAGUUGGCCAACAUCUCUGCCGAGGAGCUCAGGGAAAUCCGGGAAGCAUUCAGGGUUCUGGACCGCGAUGGAAACGGGUUCAUAUCCAAGCAGGAGCUCGGCAUGGCCAUGCGCUCUCUGGGUUACAUGCCCAGUGAGGUGGAGCUGGCCAUUAUCAUGCAGAGACUGGACAUGGAUGGGGACGGCCAGGUGGAUUUUGAUGAGUUCAUGACAAUACUGGGUCCUAAGCUCCUAUCUUCUGAAACAAGAGAAGGAUUCCUGGGAAAUACAAUAGACAGUAUAUUCUGGCAGUUUGACAUGCAGAGAAUAACGCUGGAAGAGCUGAAGCACAUCCUGUUCCAUGCCUUUAAGGACCACCUGACGAUGAAGGACAUUGAGAACAUCAUCAUCACGGAGGAGGAGAGUCUGAACGAGAACUCCGGGAACUGCCAGACGGAGUUUGAAGGAGUCCAUUCCAAAAAGAAGAACCGGCAGACGUGUGUGCGCAAGAGCCUGAUCUGCGCUUUCGCCAUGGCCUUCAUCAUCAGCGUCAUGCUCAUUGCAGCCAAUCAGAUGCUGCGCAAUGGCAUGGAAUAG